AUGCUCUUGCCCGGGGACACACAAUAUGAGGCGCGAAUCGAAUCGUGGUGGUCAGCAAGCUCACGUCUGCGACCAUGUUGCAUUAUCCAGCCCCGAACCAAGCAAGAUGUCGCCGUCACGCUUCAAGCAUUGGCUCGUUGUGGUCACGGCGGCUUUGCCGUUAGGAGCGGUGGUCACAGCCACUGGGCAGGUGGGAGCAACAUCGUCGACGGCGUCACCAUUGACCUCGUCUACUUCAACGCGGUUUCCUACAACCCCAUCCUCAAGGUCGCCUCUAUUGGACCUGCGCAGACAUGGGGCAACGUCUACAAAGUCCUCGAGUCGGAAGGCGUCAUGGUCGCAGGCGGCCGGGAUGCCGACGUCGGUGUCGGGGGCCUCUUGACUGGCGGCGGGAACUCAUACUACGCCGAUCGAAAGGGCUUCGCCUGCGACAAUGUUGUCAACGCCGAAGUUGUUCUCGCCAACGGCACGAUUGUUGAGGCUAAUGAAAACGCCAAUGAAGACUUGUGGAGAGCUCUCAAGGGCGGCUUGAGCAACUUUGGCAUCGUCACAUCACAAGAAGCAGCCUUCAUUAUCAACUUCACACACCAACCAAGCUUAUCCUCCGACAUCAUCGUGGCCCACGUCCUGGUCGACACGGACGGAGUGCAGGAGGCUCGUGUGUUUGAUGAGGUGCAGAGGAUUCCGGCGUUCUUCAGCGACCUCAAGACACGUACGAUGAGCGGCAUCGCCAACGACUACAUUCUUCCUUCUGGCUUGAGAAACGUAUGGUUUACCCUAACCUUUCGCAACGACAAGCGUGUCGUCAAAGCCGCAGCCGAGAUGCACGAAACCCUAGUCGAAGAUUUGCUCCAGAGCAUCCCGGCGGACGAUCUUGUCACUCAGAGCCUGUUCCAGCCUCUACCCACAUUGUUCGCCGAUAUUGGAGCCGUGAAGGGCGGCAACGUCCUCGGCCUCGACAUGGUCAAGGACAAUUCUCUGCUCUGGCUUUGUGCCGCGUCAUGUCGCACCACUGAGCAAGAGUCAAUCAUUUACGACCGAUGCCGCAUCAUGACGGCGAAUUUGAAGCGAUAUGCGGAGUCAAUCUCAGCCAUCGUUCCUUGGAUAUAUGUCAAUUACGCGGACCCAAGUCAGGACGCUCUCAGCAGCUACGGAGAAGACAACGUCCUAUUCAUGCGGCAGGUUGCCCAGAAGUAUGAUCCCCAUGGAUUAUUUCAGAACUUGCUGUCGGGGUCAUUCAGAUUGCCCAAGUGCUGA